AUGAAAUAAAAUGAUCUAAGAUUUGCAAUAGCAUCCCAAGGAGCCACUAUUUGUGUAUAAUUUCUUCAUCCACUUGAUAUAAUCAAGACAAGAAUGCAAAGUAAGUAAUUAUUAUGAAUUCUUCUAAUAGGUCAUGAUGGUCAAACACACAAAAAUUUAGUACCUAAAUAUGGUAGUAUAUCAAAUGCAAUUAAAUAAAUAUAUAAGGAAGAAGGAAUAAAAGGAUUUACCAAAGGAAUAUUUUGGUCAUUAUGUGCCAAUAGUAUUGCAAGAGUUCUAUUUUUCGUAUUGUAAAUUACAUCUCUAAGUAUAGUUAUGAAAGCAAAAAAGAAGAAUGCAAUUCCUAUUUUGGACAUGGUUCUAAAAAAGGAAUACUUAUUGCCUCUAUAUACGCUUCACUUCUUGCUUAAUUAAUAACCUAGCCCUUAUGGGUUACUCUAACUAGAUUGCAAUUAAAUGUUGGGAAAAUGAAUGUAAGAAUAUGAUGUUUAUUUUAAGGGUUUCGAAAAUGUCAAAUUUACUAUUCAAUAAAUAUAUAAUCAACAUGGAUUUUUAGGUUUUUAUCGUGGUUUAAAAAUGGCUUUAUUUACUUCAUGUCAUGGAAUGAUUUAAAUCAAUUGUUAUGAAUGGACUCUAUCUCUUUUAACUCAACUUGAAUAAUAUAAAGAUUUCAAUUCGUUUAUAGCUGGAGGAUUUUCAAAGGGAUUUGCAAUCUUUUGCACUUAUCCAAUGACCACAAUUAAAACUAGAAUCAUAUAAAAUUAAUUUAUAGGAUCCGAAAAUCCUAAAUAUAAAUCUAACUUUGACAUCGCCAAUAAAAUAUUAGAACAUGAAGGUUUUAGAGGGUUUUAUAAAGGGAUUACUGCCUCUAUGCUUAAAGGAAUGCCUUCUAAAGCUAUUUAUUUUUUCUUUUAUGAACAUUUUAAGGAUAUGCUUAAUGUAGGAAGAACAAAAAACAAUAAUUGA